GGGAGCCAGGCGUGCUGUCUGCCUGGAGCAGACGUGUCCAGGGGCGACACACACUUCCAUCAUCAGGGUCCACCAGCACGUGAAGGGGGCCUGUGGUGUGCGGGUUUCUCACGGGAGUCACCCUGUGCCUGGGGCCUGCUGAGCCGGCACCCAGAGAGCAGCACUCGAGGAGAAACCCCAGGACGAGGGAAGGCAGAGCAGACUUGCUGCUCCUCGGCCAUGUCCAUGGAGAGGACAUCAGAAUGUGGCCCUUCCUGGCGGCCUCCUGGGUGGCCACUGCUCUGUGGAGAGGCUGCUUCCAGCUCUGCCGCCCACGGCCUCGUGAUGGGUCCCACCAGCUCCUCCUCUGACUGGGCUUCAUGGAGCCGCUGUGAAAGGCGCUUCUGCAGAGAGAACCGGCAGAAGCCACGGUCACCACCAGUCUGGUGUCCUGCGCCUGUGUGCAGAGCCAGGUUUGGACCCAUUUCUCCCAGCACUUGGCAAGUGCGGGUUCCUGGGGACAUCAGCUGCCUGCCGGCCGCAGCCCAUGGGGGUAACCACUCCAAGUUCCUCCUGACCCUCCCCUGAUGGGAGACGCUGGACACAGUGAUCCCAGCGCACUUGCUCCCCUUUGAGCCAAGACCUCAGUCCACAGAGCGUCCACUCUCUCCGGAGGGCGUUGGGUUUCUGGCUUGGAGUUUCCGGGUGUCAGGACAGGCUGUCACAGAGAAGGUGGUGGGCGGGGGGAGGAUUGCUGCCCUGGUGAGCCGUGCUUUCCUUCACUCCUGAGAUCCAGUGAGCGGAAAGCCCACGCACAUGAGAGAAACUCAGGAAGGGCAGGGUUUCUAAUUCUAGUUGUUAGUCCCCGUCAUGCUGGAAGUGGACACAUCCCCGAAGCGUGCACAGUGACAUGAAGGUACAUGUGCACAAGGCCCUGUGGCCCAGCAGGCUGGGCGUUCUGAGGGUGAGGCUGGUGCUGCCGCGGCAGGAAGUGCUGCGUGGCUGGUGACAUUCACACGUGGAUGUCACAGUCGCAGGAGAGUCCCCGUCCUGCUGGGAUCCUGCCCUCAUCCCUCCCAGGGAGGACUGGGUGAAACUCCGGGAAGAGUCACCUCUGGCUGCAUAACCUUGAGCAAAUACCAGUUGAGUUCAGCAGCUGUCUGGGGAGCCAGGGGAUGCAAUAUGAGACCAACAGCCUGGACUUCAAAGUCGGGGCAGACGGGACAGUCUACGCCACCCGGGAGCUGCGCAUCCCCUCUGAGCAGGUGGCCUUCACAGUGACCGCAAGGGACCGCCGGACAGCUGAGCAAUGGGACGCCGUGGUGCGCCUGCUGGUGGCCCAGACCCGGUCCUCGCACCCUGGACACAAGAGAGGAAAGAAGAAAGACGUGACCCUGGACCCCUCCCAGCCCCCAAGGGACACACUGCUGCCCUGGCCUCCGCACCAGCGCUCCGGGGGGCUGAGGCGGCAGAAGCGAGACUGGGUCAUCCCCCCCAUCAACGUGCCGGAGAACUCGCGCGGGCCCUUCCCGCAGCAGCUCGUGAGGAUCCGGUCUGACAAAGACAACGACAUUCCCAUUCGGUAUAGCAUCACGGGCGUGGGCGCCGACCAGCCCCCCAUGGAGGUCUUCAGCAUCGACUCCAUGUCUGGACGCAUGUACGUCACGAGGCCCAUGGACCGGGAGGAGCGAGCCUCUUACCACCUCCGGGCCCACGCCGUGGACAUGAACGGCAACAAGGUGGAGAACCCCAUCGACCUGUACAUCUACGUCAUCGACAUGAAUGACAACCGCCCCGAGUUCCUGAACCAGGUCUACAACGGCUCCGUGGACGAGGGCUCCAAGCCAGGCACCUACGUGAUGACAGUCACAGCCAAUGACGCGGAUGACAGCACCACGGCCAACGGCAUGGUGCGGUACCGGAUUGUGACCCAGACCCCUCAGAGCCCAUCCCAGAACAUGUUCACCAUCAACAGCGAGACGGGGGACAUCGUGACAGUGGCAGCAGGCCUGGACCGAGAGAAAGUGCAGCAGUACACGGUCAUCGUGCAGGCCACCGACAUGGAAGGCAACCUCAACUACGGGCUCUCAAACACGGCCACGGCCAUCAUCACGGUGACAGACGUGAACGACAACCCCCCUGAAUUCACCACGAGCACAUUUGCAGGGGAGGUCCCUGAAAACCGGGUGGAGACGGUGGUGGCCAACCUCACCGUGAUGGACCGGGACCAGCCCCACUCGGCAAACUGGAACGCCGUCUACCGCAUCAUCAGCGGGGACCCGUCGGGGCACUUCAGCGUCCGCACAGACCCUGUCACCAACGAGGGCAUGGUCACUGUGGUGAAGGCCGCAGACUACGAGCUGAACAGGGCCUUCAUGCUGACGGUGAUGGUGUCCAACCAGGCGGCCCUGGCCAGCGGGAUCCAGAUGUCCUUCCAGUCCACGGCAGGGGUGACCAUCUCGGUCACUGACAUCAACGAGGCGCCCUACUUCCCCUCCAACCACAAGCUCAUCCGCCUGGAGGAGGGCGUGCCGGCAGGCACUGCGCUCACCACCUUCUCCGCAAUGGACCCUGACCGCUUCAUGCAGCAAGCCGUGAGGUACUCCAAGCUCUCGGACCCCGCCAACUGGCUGCACAUUAACGCCUCCAACGGUCAGAUCACCACGGCUGCCGUCCUGGACCGCGAGUCCCUCUACAUCAGAAACAACGUCUAUGAGGCCACCUUCCUGGCUGCCGACAACGGGAUCCCCCCGGCCAGCGGCACUGGGACUCUGCAGAUCUACCUCAUCGACAUCAACGACAACGCGCCCGAGCUGCUGCCCAAGGAGGCGCAGAUCUGCGAGAAGCCAGGCCUCAACGCCAUCAACAUCACCGCUGCCGACGCCGACGUGGACCCCAACGUCGGCCCCUACGUCUUCGAGCUGCCCUUCGUCCCCGCCACGGUGCGGAAGAACUGGACCAUCACCCGCCUCAACGGUGACUACGCCCAACUGAGCCUGCGCAUCCUGUACCUGGAGGCCGGCAUGUACGAUGUCCCUAUCACCGUCACCGACUCCGGGAACCCUCCCCUGUCCAACACCUCCAUCAUCAAGGUCAAGGUGUGCCCGUGUGACGAGAACGGUGACUGCACCACUGUGGGCGCCGUGGCGGCAGCCGGGCUGGGCACAGGCGCCAUCGUGGCCAUCCUCAUCUGCAUCGUCCUCCUGCUGACCAUGGUCCUGCUGUUUGUGGUGUGGAUGAAGCGGCGGGAGAAGGAGCGACACACCAAGCAGCUGCUCAUCGACCCCGAGGACGAUGUGCGGGACAACAUCCUCAAGUACGACGAGGAGGGCGGAGGCGAGGAGGACCAGGACUAUGACCUCAGCCAGCUGCAGCAGCCGGAAGCCCUGGAGCACGUGCUGAGCAAGGCCCCUGGAGUGCGGCGGGUGGACGAGCGGCCAGUGGGUGCUGAGCCCCAGUACCCAGCCAGGCCUGUGGUACCCCACCCAGGUGACAUCGGGGACUUCAUCAACGAGGGACUUCGCGCCGCUGACCAUGACCCCACCGCACCGCCCUACGACUCCCUGCUGGUCUUCGACUACGAGGGCAGCGGCUCCACCGCGGGCUCCGUCAGCUCCCUGGGCUCGUCCAGCUCGGGGGACCAAGACUACGACUACCUGAACGACUGGGGGCCCCGCUUCAAGAAGCUGGCCGACAUGUACGGGGGCGGCGAGGAGGACUAGCUGCCCGCGUCCCGGGGCCAAGAGAGCAGGCGGGCCCGGAGAGGACUGAGCCCAGGCAGCCGCCGGCUCCCUGCAGGGACUGCAGCUCUGCUGUGGAGGUCCCGCCCCGCCCUCCCCAGGUGGAGCUGUCCAGCAUGACCUGUCCCUGUCCUGGCCAGGCCUGCUGUCCUCUCAGUCGCCACCUACCACAAGGGAGAGCCAGAGGCACCGUCCUGACUUGAACCCCCAGAACAGAAGCGCCGUUUCAAAAACGAAAGUGCCUUUGGUACACGUGUCAGAUCCCCCAGCUCAGGAGUGACUGACAGCAAGCAGACAGCCCAGCCCGCCCCGCCCGGCCCCCCCAGCCGGCGGAAGGCCCCCAGGAAGGCACGGACAGCGUCCUUCUUCUUUCUUUUUGGUUUUCUUUCUUUCUUUUUCUUUCUUUUUUUUGCUGUUGUUGUUGUUCGUUUGGGUUUGGGUUCUGUUGGGUUCUGUUGGGGCUCUGUGCGUGCGUGCGUCUCUUACUAAGAAACAGAAGGCGUGUGCGACUCUUGGAAAAGUAGCUUGGGCCCAGGUCCUCACAGCCUUCGUGUCCACGGCAGGGGCUUCCCAGCAGCAGCGGCACAGCGUCAGCCACCCCUGACCACAACACCCAGGCCGUGGGGACGUGGUUUCACCCAAGUUGGUGGCUGUCCCCACCACAGUCAGAUGCUGUGAACAGCUGGGCAGCAGGUCCCCAGAGCCUGCCCCGGGUGCUCCCACCUCUGCCUCGGCCACCCCAUUGUCCCGUCCCCCAAAGGCCUCUUUCUGAGCCAGCUGGCAUCCCCAGUGCCACGGAGGUGCCCUUCACCUUUGGUCCAAGAAGCCACAGCGUCCUGCAAACCCGGCACGACCUGCAGCCACUCGGGAGUGGACUCCCAGGACCCCGUGGAAGGCCUGGUGAAAACGCUUCAGCCCAACCCUGAACUUCCUUGACACUGUCCAGCCCAGGCCUGAGCAGAGGGCCGAACCUCGCCCAGCCCAAGCCAGAGCCGCCUGCCUCUCAGCAGCCACAGGCUUGGUACCAGCACUGACUUUGGCAGACCCUGGCUGCUCCCUCCCGGGCCGUCGGACCCGAGCUCCUGUCUGACGUCUGUGAACUGCUGCAGGUGGCCAGCGAGAGGCCUGGUCUUCCUGAGCUGUCCAUCCACAGAUCCUCUAAGCUACCCGUGCCAGAGACUGAACCGUCUUUCCCUGUCCUAGGUCCCAGCUGCUCUGCCACGGUCCCUCCAGAGCUGCCGCCUGCUCUUUCCACGCGUGGCUUGACUCAGGCCUGGGGUUGGGGGGUGGCACUCAGUCCCGCAGGACACCGAUCAGGCUGUGCCCAGGGACUCCCAGGAGAAGGCAUCUGCCUUCUUCACUGGGCGAGACAGCAGGCCUGGGGCACCUCCAAGUCUGGGUUCAGGGGCACCUCGGGCCGAACAGGAGGCAGGCACUGGGAGGGGCGUCCUCUGCCUGGUCAUUUCUGGCUGACCCCAGACAGUGACAUUGUGAGGGUGAGGGAACCAGUGGCCUGGGGGACCUGGUAUCGGAGCACCCUUGGGGGAGCAGGAGGUGCCAGGAUUGAGGAAGGUCAGCGGUGCCCACACGCUGCUGGGGUCGGAGAGCCUCGGAAGGGCUGGGAGGUGGGGCGCCAGGGGCACCGUGCUCCCCACCCGAAGGGCUCUGAUCCCUUGCUUCCCCUGGCCUCUGUCUUUCCCCUUGCUAAGUUGUCCUCUUUUCUAAAUAGCUCUGGCCUCAAAGAUGCACCUGAGUGGACUCUAUAUGUGCCAAACUUGUGGGUGUAUCCCACUGGACGUCAGGGUUCUUCCCCAAACCAAACUUGUCCCCACCUCUGUUCUCCUCAGAGCUGAGCUGGGUCAGGCUCAGCUCUGUCUGUCCUGACCUCUCCUGUGACUGUGACCGCCUGGGGGGAGGAGGGGCGGGGGCUGCCCUGUCCUGCCUGGAGCCCCUCCCUGCAGAUAGCCAGUCCAGGAGAUGGGCCCCGGAAGGGAGGGUCCCCAUCUCAAGCCGUGCUAUGCAAAUCGCUCUGGGCUGGCAGCCAAUGAGGGGGCCCAGGUGUCUGGGGGCGUGGCCAUGGCUGGAGGCCUGGUGGGGCUGGGGGUGGGAGCUGGAAUGUUCUGCUUAGUGUGUUGGAUAGUUGGUCCUUGGAUGGCAAUUCUGAGCCGGAGAAGGACGAGUGGCCCGUUUGCAGUGUGCAUGCGAUGGGCAGCAGGGGACUGAAUCCCCAAGCGAACGUGGUCCUCUGGCCAGGAGAGUGGAAUCCCGCGGCCUGCUGGGCGCAUCUCCUGGCCCCACUUGUCGCUCCCUCCUCUCCUCACCACCAGGCCCCCUGCACGGGCAGGCUGAGGCCGCACACCAGCUGGGGUGUGUCCGUGGGGGCUCCCUGUGACAGCUGACAGCUUUCCCUUCCACCCCACACCCGGUCAGCCCCUGGGGCCAGAGAAGAAGGGGUUCCCACACCAGAUCCACUCGGAGCUCUGCCCUGAGGCCCUGAGUUAGCGUUAGCCAGUGUACAAUCCGUGUCACCGUCUCUCUUCUGUAGCUUGUAGAUGUGACCUGUCUGGUCGGCCCAGGCGCAGGGCCCGGGCUGGCUGGCAGGGUGCGGGGCAUGCUUUAGUUUCUUUAGGGCAUUUUCCUUCUAGAGCAGAAUAAAGCUGUGCUGCAAAGUGGUGUCAAGAACACCCUGGCCUUGGUCAGCCUGGGCACCCCAUCUCCUGGCCAGCAGGUUUUUUCUUUCUUGUCUUUCAGCACAUCCAAAAUGCUAGGCCUCCCGCCACCAAAGGGUCAGAGUAACGUCUGACUGUCAGGCCCUCAGAGGUGCCUCGGCUUCCCUCGCGAGAGUACACGGUCCAUUGAGGUGACCACUUGUCCUCUCCAAAGUCAAACGCCAGGGGGAAGGGAAUCUCCAUUUCCAUCAAGCUAAAAAGGAGUAACACCAAAAAUCGGAACGGAAUCUCCCGUGCACAGGGGCCUCCCGCGGCGGCUCCAGGCUGGCUGGCGGCUGCCUGCAGCAGGCCAGGCCCCCAUGUGCACUCGGACGCCUUUGCUUUUCCUUUCUCUCCUUUUCCAUUCUGGUUUAUUUUGCAUGUUUCUUUCUGAGAAUGGACCGACUGCAUAGCAGCCCGCAUGACCGUGGUUGUCUUGGAAAGGUACCGGAGUAUGACGUCUUCUCUCUGCAAUCUGAGCAUCGCGCCGUCAGACAAGUGUUCCGGCUUUUUUUGUAAUCGUCAACAGCACAACUAUUUUGUAUCGUUGUUUGUAUCAUUUUGUACCGAAAAAAAAAAAGAAAAAGAAAAAAAAGGGAAGGAAGUGGAUGUUUCGCUGUGUCCUUGGUGCCAGGUGGCCUCGGCUCAGAGGAGCAGCAGCUCUGCGGGGGCGUGGGGCGCAGCCAGGCCCCCGCUGCUCCGAGGAGUGAAUAAAGCCCCUUUGAAGAGUC